AUGGACCCAGCGGGAGAGCGCCUCACGCUGCUGGACUUUUUGGAGAACAUGCCCUGGGCCGAGGAGGGGGAGUAUGGGGACCCCUUUUUGGGAACACGGCUGGCUCUGGGUGAUGGACCCGGGUCGCCCCCCAGCCAGUCCCUGUUCCCGAGGCGGUCCCGCCCGUCUCUGUUCCCGCGGCGUCCAUAUAGUGCUGGCCUCCAGCAGCUGCUGAGGACAUGUUCUCAGUACGGGUCUGAAUACAACAUUAAAUACAACACAAAGAAGACUAAUGUGAUGAUUGUCCGUAGCCGGGGAGAUAGAAAGUUAGCAUUUCCUGACUUCUUUCUGGCAGACUCUGUUCUCACCGAGUGUGACGAGGUUCAUCUGCCCCAGGUUGAUGGUUUUGCCUGUGUUUUUUUUUCCUCUCUCCUGCAGCUUUGUCUCCUGGCCCUGCUGUCCCUGCGCGCCGCCCCGGCGGGAGGCGCCGCGCCGCUCAGCUACGAGACCCAGGACCCGGGGACGGGCGAGCCGCUGCUCUGCGCCGGGUGUCCGCCCGGGACCUUCCUCCGCGCCCCCUGCACCGCCCGGACGCCCAGCGAGUGCGCGCCGUGUCCCGCGGGCUCCUUCACGGAGCUGUGGAACUACAUGGGCCGGUGUCUGCGCUGCGGGGUCUGCGGACACCAGCAGGUGCUGAAGAAGGCGUGCACGGCGGACAGCGACUGCCAGUGCGAGUGCCGGCAGGGCUUCUACUAUCACCCGCAGCACGACAUGUGCGUGACGCACAGCGAGUGUCCCACCGGGCAAGGGGUGCUCAGAAAAGGUACAGCUGAGAAAGACACCGAGUGUCAUAUUUGCUCUGACGGCACCUACUCCAACAUUUCCUCUGCCCAGCACGGCUGUGCCGAACAUAAAAGUUGCAGCAAUGCGGGGCUGCAGACGGUGUUGAGGGGAUCCAGUUGGCACGACAGCGUGUGCGCGAACUGUGGAGAGCUCAAAGAUGGUGCCGACUACCUCAAAGAGAUCAUCCCGGCUUUUUUUGUCCGCUAUAAAAUCAGUCGCAAAAGGCUGCGGCGAAUGGUGCACAGGCUCCUAACUGAGGGUGGCAAACAGACCGGUGGAAGGUCACAGCUCGCCUCGUCAGCCUGGGUUUCUUCUGCCACAGCGACGCAGAUUCGUCAGCUUCCAGCCAUCCUGGCUAGAAGACGAGGCAAAGCUGGAAAGAUAUUACAAAAAAUGCUGAGCAGCAUCGAAGAAGCUCUGACACAGAUGUGUAGUUUAAGGAGUUAAUGAUAGUAAUUUCAGAUUUGGUUUUUGCUUCCUUCCAUCCAUUUUGGAAUUGAUGGCUAGAACAUUGUCCCCAACUUCCUCUGUUAACACUCAAAAAAAUGUCUACCGUUGUUUGUUCUUCUCAUUGUCUACAUUUUUCAUACCUUUUACUUUUGUGCUAUAGUGUAAAUUUGAAUGUAGAACUUAAUUUAUUUACAUAUUUGUAGGAACAAAGUGAGUUGUAAUGUAAGCAAACCAUGACGCAGAGCUGUCUUGGUUCUGUGCAUCCCAUUCUUGACUUGGCUGCUUUGAAUAAUGCUCAAAUAAAAACGUACUUUGAGUAGUAA